ACUACUUUGGUUAAUGUCGUAAUAUAACUAGAGUUUUGAUAAUAUUUGAUAAUAUUGUACUUUUUUAUAAAUAUUAAGGAUUGCUUAGUUCAACAUUAAUAAGGAUUAUGAGAAAUCACGGACCAAUUUGUAACUGGCAAGUUGUAGCGAAGUUUAUUGUAGUUUUCUUUACACUAACCUCUCAAUUGAUAUACGUUGAAAGUGUGGGGUGUGAGCAAGAAGGUGUGUGCGCAUGUGUUUUUGAAAAUGGAAGCAGAAUUGACCUGUCUGAACUUGGCAGUAAUACAGGAGUACCUUUAAUGAAGGAUUUAAAAGGAGAUGGAGACUACAUGUACUCAUUCAACCCGUGCUUUCCGUUUAACGAGGGAACUUGUCUUAAUGUAGCUGGUUGUCAAACUAGCGAUUUUGAUUUGUUUUACGCGAUUGGAGAUGCCAGCAGCGGUCUUCUGACGUUUAACAUUUCGUCUGGUUAUUUAGUGGGUAGAUAUACCAGUACUGAUGAGCUUGGAGAUAGAACUUCAUAUGUCUCCUUCAUAUGUGACGCAACAGCAGAAACACCAAAGUUAGAGGCUUUUGGCGAAACAUCACUACGCACUUAUACAUUUGCAAUUACAUCAAAGCAUGCCUGUGUAGUGCAUAAACCUACACCUCCGAAACCAACUAAAAGCUGUCAUACAAACUACGGAGAUUUUAUCAAAAGAUGUGAAAUUGAGUACGAUGGUCAUGAGGAACCCGUGAAAGUUUUAUUCAUCCGAAACUGGAAUGGCAUAUGUAAAUUCCCAUCAAGCCAGGACAUUGCUGUAACAAUCUACUCGGAGAGUUCGACUUGUGCUGGCGUUGCCAAUAGAUGUCAUCCUGCUCAGCAGUUCUCAGUCAAUGGUGAAUUUUGCAAGGAAAUUUAUUACUAAAACAGUUGAAUUUUUCAAAGCAUAAUAUAUACAACUGAAAAUAAGUUAAGCACACCCGGCAUUUUUCCUCAAUCUUGACAUGACCACAACUGAAAUUUUAAAAUUUUAUUUGGGCAAUGGACCGAACAACCUAUAAUCAACCUGCAACAACUAGAACAAGCUCUGCACCAAGAAUGAUAAAAAAAUAUCUCGAAAUCGCAAUAUACCCCUUAUUGGUUGUAUGAGAAGGGUUGAGGCUAUCAUCCGGGCAAGUGGCGUUUACACACAUUAUUGUUAUUAAAACCUUGGCUUCAUAAUUACUUGUUAGGUUACAUAACCGUCAACAUUUAUCAAAUAUAUCAGCCAGUAAAUAUUCUGUAAACGCUCCAACACCAUAUGUAUAAACACUUAGUUUACAUUUUUUAAAUAUUAAAUUUCCGGUGUAUGCUUAACUUAUUUCCAGGUGUAUAUAUAUGUAGGGAAUAAUAGUUGUAAAACAUUGUUUAUCAAAGAUUUUAUAAUAUGAAUACAUUUCGAUUUGAA